GUGACGUAUUUCCUGUUGUGCCAAGGUCCACUCAGCUGGGAAACACCUUACUGACAGCUUCUCUACCUCUUUCAACCGUUAGGUUACCUUAAAAACAUUUGUUACUGACUUGUAAAUUAUCUUUUUAUAUUCACUGAAGUUUAUACUACAGUUAUCUGUACGUGUCACAUCGCGGGACGUUGUUGUUAAGUCUCAAUUUCAGGACUUUUUAGUCGCCAAAUCUGCCUCCGGAGCGUGCUAACGUUAGCGCAGCAGCUAGCCGCAAUUCACUCUUCAAGGAAAGAAUCGAUUAAUCGUUAUCGUAAUCAUGGAUCAAACGGGAAUCACAGCAGAAACACAAAAGAGCCCGUGGGGUUCGGUGGCCCCGGCGGCUCCGGCCUGCUCUCUGGCUGAUGUGAUGAGCGAGCAGCUGGCCAGACAGCUGGACGAGGAGAGCAACGCCUUCCCCACGCUCACUAAUCCCGGAGCUGAUCUGUUGUUGUCAGAUGAGGUUUCUGAUACGACCAGCGACCUGAUGCUCGCCCAGAUGCUGCAGAUGCAGUUCGACCGCGAGUUCGACGAUCAGCUCCGCCGGGAGGAGAAGAAGUUCAACGGAGACAGCAAAGUGUCCAUCUCUUUUGAGAACUACCGUAUGGUUCAUCCGUAUGAAGACAGCGACAGCUCAGAGGACGAGGUGGACUGGCAGGAUACAAGACACGACCCCUACAGAGCUGAAAAGCCCCAGACCACACCCAGGAAAGGCUUCACUGGGAAAGGCAAGAACAUCACCACCAAACAUGACGAGGUGACCUGCGGCCGCAAGAACACUGCGCGCAUGGACAAUUUUGCUCCGGAGGUGCAUGUCGGUGAUGGGUUGGGGAUGGACCUGAAGUUGUCCAAUCAGGUGUUUAACUCUCUGAAGCAGCACUGCUACAGCGAGCAGAGACGCAGCGCCAGACUGCACGAGAAGAAGGAGCACUCCACCGCUGAGCAAGCGGUGGACCCUCGCACCCGUCUGCUGAUGUAUAAAAUGGUGAAUGCCGGCGUGCUGGAGAACAUUAACGGCUGCAUCAGCACAGGAAAAGAGUCCGUCGUCUUCCACGCUGAUGGAGGGAGCCUGGAGGAGCAGCCCGUUCCAGAUGAGGUGGUGCUGAAGGUUUUCAAGACGACGCUCAACGAGUUCAAGAACAGAGACCGCUACAUCAAAGACGACUAUCGCUUCAAAGAGCGCUUCAGCAAACUGAACCCACGCAAAGUCAUCAGGCUGUGGGCCGAGAAGGAGAUGCACAACCUGGCCAGGAUGAAGAAGGCGGAGAUUCCCUGUCCGGAGGUGGUGCUGUUGAAGAAACACAUCCUGGUGAUGUCCUUCAUCGGUAAAGACCACGUUCCUGCUCCCAAACUCAAAGACGUCAUGUUGGGCUCCGAGGACAUGAAGGACGCCUUCUACCAGGUCCUACAUUUGAUGCAGCUGUUGUAUCAGGAGUGUAAUCUGGUUCAUGCUGAUCUCAGCGAAUACAACAUGCUGUGGCACGAAGGGAAGGUGUGGUUGAUAGAUGUCAGCCAGUCCAUCGAGCCCACCCAUCCUCACGGCUUGGAGUUCCUCUUCAGAGACUGCAGGAACGUUGCCACGUUCUUCCAGAAGAGAGGGGUGAGCGAGGCGAUGAGUGUGUACGAGCUUUUCAACGCCGUGAGCGGCCUGAACAUCCCUGUUGGUGAAGAGGAAGAGGCCGAGUUCAUUGCUGAGAUUGUGGCGUUGGAGAAGAGGAACGAGGAUCACGUGCAGAAGCGAGGAAAGAAAACCUUCCCCGUCGCCUCUGAAGACGGCGGCCCUCCUUUAAAACCCGACGCCGAUGACUAACGCUCGCCCGGCUCGCUCUCUCUUCACGAUCCCGCCGUGUUGAAAACGCUGUAAAGAGGAGAUGAACGGAGGAGGCCCCCCCCUGGAGGACCCGGUGCCUCCCCCUCCAACCCUGCCACCACCCACCAACUGCUUCCUUAAAACAGGCAGGACGGAGCGCCUCCUCCUGGCUGCUGGAGGAGUGAGUUUCACCGUGUUGGAUGUUGAAGUCGGAGCGUCCUGAGCUGCUGAGAGGCUCCAACAGGGUUUUCUGAAGCUGAGACCACAUCUCAUAUCCUCCCGCUAAUAAUGGCUCACACUGAUACUGAGUCCAGUGUGUGUGUUUUGGUUUUUUUUGUAAGAAUCGUAGCAAAAAUACAAAUUUAAACAGGUAAAGCUUCUCGCACAGGACCUCUUCUGUUCUCUUAGAGGCUAAUUUUAAAUUCUGAUUGAGAGAUUCUGAAGGCUGAAUUCGGGGAAAUGGGAGUGAAACGAUGCAGAAGACAAUAAGGCGUGUUGCGUAUUUCAUUCUGUAGCUUUAAGACGGUGUAGUCCCUCAUUCGUCCAGGAGUGUGCCAUCGUAGAAAAGGUUUCAGUCGUAGUCGUCUGGACGCUGUUUUCAGAAUCAAGACGUUUCGGCUCCCAUCCG